AUGCAUAUCCCAAGGUCUGAGACGCUGUGGCCGUUGGGGCCUAACUCGCUCGACGCCUUUGCCGGUAUUCCUCCGCCUUCGGGCGCUGUCACUCGCCUGACCCUCACAUCAGCAGACAAAGGCAAGCACAAGUCGAGGGCUUCGCUGCCACCUCCCAAGCAGUUCAAGUGCUCGGCGUGUGAUGCCAUUUUCAGUCGAAACCACGAUCUGAAGCGCCAUGCCCGGAUCCAUCUGGCCGUCAAGCCUUUCCCUUGUGGAUACUGCGACAAGGCCUUUAGCCGCAAAGACGCUCUCAAGCGCCAUGUCUUGGUCAAGGGCUGUGGCAUCGGCAACAAGAAGUCCGCUGAUAACCGUAAACGCGCUGCUACUCUCUCCAAGCUGGAACACAGUGACGGCGGCAACCCGAACCGGGCGCCUUACGAUGGCGUUCCGUCGGACACGAGGGGUCGCGACUUUAGCAGCUUCCGCGAUGACCUGCAUUAUCAAGGUCAACAGCAGCAGCAGCAGCAGCAGCAGCAGCAGCGGCAAGGCUUUCAGGCUGACGCGGGCACCACGCGCAGCUUCCCUGGACGAUCGGACACGGCUUGGCCAUCCACGCUGUCGGACCCGGCUGGCGCCUCGGGCACCACCGUUGAGUAUACGACGCCUCGCAUGGGGAACAACGACGAGCACGCACAAGCUCCGCACGGUCUGCAGAUGCCCUCUGGUGGAGCUGCUCUUCCUUACGCCUCGCAGCAGUCGCAUGCUCAGCCGUACCCCAGCUUCGGUUUGGGCGGCGGCGGGGGCAGCGGCGGCAGCGGUGAAGAUUCGUUUCAGCAGUCGCAACGUCCGCAGCUGGCGGGCGGCCUUGUGAAUGCCUUUACAUCGCCAGAAGACACUUCUACGUCUUCGCCCGUUGACGCACCCAACAAGCAUGCCAUGAGCGGCGGCAACCUGACUGCGGCGCCUGGAGAAGGGCUUGAUGUGAAGAUGGAGUCCAGGCCGGCGUCAAGACCUGGCAGUGCCAAGCUUCUCAACCCGGUGGCUUACGGCGUUCAGUCGUUCCCUGUUGCGUCUCAUGGUGGUGGUGGGGUUGACGGUGCUGGGAUGACUGCGGCGGCGGGUAUGGGUGGCGAGGGAAGUGGUGGAUUUGGCGCUUUCGAGGGUGGCGAGACGAAACCAAGAUUUGGUCCUGGCAGCUAUCCCAUGGCGCCGAUGAUGUCGCCGUCGCUAGGAGGCCCUGAGCAGGACUUUGGCGCUCACUCUUUGAAGAGGCAGCAGCAGCAGCAACAACAACACCAGCAGACGCAGCAUUUCGGGACGUACUUUGGCAGCAACGCAGCCAACUGA